ACCGGAAGUGACGUCGCCGCUCGCGAGGCCCUCAGGUGGAUCGCCGCGGCCCCUCCUCCUAGAGCGGCAGUCUUUUCCCGCGCGUGCUGCCUUCGCCGCUCGAGUCGCUCGGGGGAAAACAUGGCGUCUGCCCUGGAGCAGUUCGUGAACAGUGUCCGACAGCUCUCAGCUCAAGGGCAAAUGACACAGCUUUGUGAACUGAUCAACAAGAGUGGGGAACUCCUUGCGAAGAACUUAUCCCAUCUGGACACUGUGCUGGGGGCUCUGGAUGUACAAGAGCACUCCUUGGGCGUCCUUGCUGUUUUGUUUGUGAAGUUUUCUAUGCCCAGUGUUCCUGACUUUGAAACGCUGUUCUCACAGGUUCAGCUUUUCAUCAGUACUUGUAAUGGGGAGCACAUUCGAUAUGCAACAGACACUUUUGCUGGGCUUUGCCAUCAGCUAACAAAUGCACUUGUGGAAAGAAAACAGUGACAACAUAAGAUCCAAUGUGCUGCCAUCUUUGAGAACUUAUCUGAAAGAGAUGUCAUUUCUGACAGCCCCUGCGAGGAAUUGGCAUCCUUAAGCAAGCCAUAGACAAGAUGCAGAUGAAUACAAACCAGCUGACCUCAAUACAUGCUGAUCUCUGCCAGCUUUGUUUGCUAGCAAAAUGCUUUAAGCCUGCCCUUCCAUAUCUUGACGUGGAUAUGAUGGAUAUCUGUAAAGAGAAUGGAGCCUAUGAUGCAAAGCACUUUUUAUGUUACUAUUAUUAUGGAGGGAUGAUCUAUACUGGGCUGAAGAACUUUGAAAGAGCGCUCUACUUUUAUGAACAGGCUAUAACUACUCCUGCCAUGGCGGUCAGUCAUAUCAUGUUGGAAUCAUAUAAAAAGUACAUUUUAGUGUCUUUGAUAUUACUUGGCAAAGUACAACAGCUCCCAAAAUAUACAUCUCAAAUUGUGGGUAGAUUCAUUAAGCCUCUUAGCAAUGCAUACCAUGAGUUAGCACAAGUGUAUUCAACCAACAACCCCUCAGAACUCCGAAACCUGGUGAAUAAGCACAGUGAAACUUUCACUCGCGAUAACAACAUGGGACUGGUGAAGCAAUGCUUGUCAUCUCUUUAUAAGAAGAAUAUUCAGAGGCUAACAAAGACCUUUUUAACUCUAUCAUUACAAGAUAUGGCAAGUCGUGUGCAGUUAUCUGGACCUCAAGAGGCAGAAAAAUAUGUUCUGCACAUGAUAGAAGAUGGUGAGAUUUUUGCAAGUAUUAACCAGAAGGACGGUAUGGUCAGUUUCCACGAUAACCCUGAAAAAUAUAAUAACCCAGCCAUGCUUCAUAACAUUGAUCAGGAGAUGCUGAAGUGCAUAGAGCUGGAUGAGCGGCUGAAGGCCAUGGACCAGGAGAUUACAGUGAACCCCCAGUUUGUGCAAAAGAGUAUGGGCUCACAAGAAGAUGAUUCAGGAAACAAACCAUCCAGUUACUCCUGAAACUAACAUCCAUCCUGAGCUAAACAAGAGAAACUACCAUCUUGGCCAG